CCAUGGGAGAUAUUCAAGAAGGUGCUAAUGUCUUUAGACCUCCACUAUUAUGCGGCCAUGAUUAUACUUUUUGGAAGUGUCGAAUGAGAGCCUUUCUCAAGUCUCUUGGUGGACAGGUUUGGAGAAGCAUAGAGGUUGGAUGGUCAGCUCCUACUAUGACCGAUACAGAUGGAGAACUAAUUCAGAAACCUUAUGAAAGAUUUAGCAAGAAAGAAAAGGAUGCUGCAGAAUCGAAUGAUCAGGCUUUGAAUGCAAUCUUCGGAGCGGUUGACAGAAAUCAGUUCCGUCUUAUCUCAAAUUGCACAGAGGCUAAGAGAGCUUGGGACAUUUUGCUUAUUACUCAUGAAGGCACUACAACAGUCAAGACAGCCAAACUUCAGAUCGUGAUGUCUAAAAUUGAAAAUCUUAAGAUGGAGGAUAUUGAGUCUAUCACAAACUUUCAUGGGCGAGUUAGAGAGUUGGCAAAUGAGGCUGAAAGGCUUGGUGAACCAAUUACAGAACACAAGCUGGUGUUGAAAGUUCUACGUUCUCUUCCAGAAAAAUACUCCAUGGAUGUCAAAGCUAUUAGACAAACACAAUCUCUAAAUACUAUGUCUCUUGACGAGCUGAUGGGGAACUUAGAAACCAUUGAGUUGGAGAUGCAUGAAGAUCUACGGUGUAAAAAGCAGCAUGUCAUCCUCGUUGAAAAAGAGAAGCAGUGUGUUAAAGACAGUGCUGGAACAGGGUGUGCUUUUCCAACUUUCCAUAGUGUUGAUGGUGACUCUGAUAGUGACGUAGAUCCAAGGGAGAUGCUUAUAAUUGUUGAAGAAAAAUUUCAAGAGUCUCUACGGGUCAACAAGAAAAAAUGUUUGGAAAAUGAUAGCCUCGAACGUGAACUUGCUGAAUCAAAACGCGAUGUGGAACAACUCAUCAAAGAGUUACAGAGAUACAAAGGUAAAGUUACAGCAGAGGAUGACACAGAGGAUGAUACAGAAGAUGACACCGCAGAAGAGCUAGUCAUUCUCCAAAGGAAGUGGGUAGAACUUGUUCAAGCCAACCAGAAAACUGUCUUAGAGAAUCAUCAGCUUGUUGCUGAGCGCAACAGACUAAAAGAGAGUAUUUCAGAACUAGAAAAGAAUAUUGAAGACUUAGAAGGGCAACAAUCAGAUCUCAAGUAUGAAUUAAAUCAACUCAAAAACUUUCAUAAGUGGAUGAGAAGUGCUGGAGCAAAAGCUAUUGAGGAACAAGUGAACGUUUCAAAAUUUUAUGGAGACAAGACGGGUCUCGGAUUUUCAGGUUCCGAAAGCAAUAAGACUCCACUUGACUUGUUUGUUGAUCGAAGAAAGGAAAUUGCUCAAAAAACCCCACAAGGAAGGAAAACAAAAGCUGCUGCAUCUGCUGGAACAUCUUCUGCCAAACCCGCUGAAGCAUCUCAUGAAGCUUCUGCUGGAACAAUUUAUGCAGCACCUUAUGCAAAAAGGCAAAGAGUUGUGACACAAUCUAGUAUGAGAAGACACAAGGAUCAUUAUGCUAAACCUGAAAGACUUAGAGUUCUAGCAUGUGAAGAAAGAGAAAGAGGAAAGAGCUUGAAGAAAGAAGUCUAAUCCUACUUGGUUUACUAUUCUUGAGGAGGAAGGCAUGGUUGAGACUCCUAAGCACACUCUAACAAGAAAAUACUGCCCUGGUUUUCUCGAUGGUUGGAGUACCAACUCUUGUCUGAUCGUGCUGAAAUUUUAGGAGGAGUCUAAGGACUCGUGGAGCUUCAAUCUGAACGGUGGAGAUCGAAUUUCAACGGUUCAAUCUUGAGUUAUGAGCUUCUGAACAGCCUGCAUAUUUUUGUAGAUCAAGAAGAAUCUUUAUUUGAAGGUGUAUUGAAAUCUACGUCCUUGAAGAAGAUCUUUGAGAAGGUGUAACAAGCCGUGGAGAUAGACGCAUUGGCUCAAACAGCAGUUCAGUAAGCAUUCAUCUGUUUAGUUAUGUAAUCUUCCAAGACAACACUAACUAACACAUUAAGAAUGCCACUAAAUCACCUUCCCGAUAAUGUGCCUGCACCCGGAACGUCUGCAUCCUCUUAUUGCUCCGAACUGCGUGAACAAUUCUGGUGUCUUGCUUGCUGUUUUUACUUCAUAUUUUACGUGUGUGCUUGUGACAGAGAAGUGUUAUAACACACUGUCCGUCAUCUGUUACUGGACAGUGCUGCAGCGUCUUCUCUACAACAUAGUUGAUUGUUUUGUUUGCAUAGCUUGUGUUUGCUGUUAUCCGCUGCACCCCCACGAACUUACAUAUUGGAGAGAAGGUUUACAUACCUCUAACAUUUUUAUGAAUUUUUAGGGAGAAGCAACAAACAAAGUUGAUAAGAAGGUUUAUAUACUAAAAAUGAAUUUGUUAUCGUCUG